GCGGGCUUUGCUCGAGGGCUGGCUUGCAUGGAAUGUAUCCCCGGGAAUUCGAAUUUCUUCCGAGAUUUGCGCCAAAUUUAGCUGCAAGCAGCCGUCACUGUGGGAUUUUACUACGCACGAAAGCAUAGAAUUUUUAGCUGCAGAGCGAUUUCAUUUCUCAUCUGGUGUCGCUGUUUUCCGACUUCGUCCCCGAGACGAAAACAAGAAAAAAUUCAUCUUGCUUGGAUUUGAUAUCUUUCACCCACGAUGUAUUUCAUUUACAGGGUUGUAAACACGCUGUCUCACUUGGUCAUGGAACUGCAAGAAUUUCAUGCAAGGGUGGAUGCUAUCAGCGAUCCAAGAACUAGGAAAUGGCUCUUUGUGCAAUCCAUAUGGUCACCUAUUACAGCAGUAUUAGUUUAUUGGCUGCUUGUUUGGCUGCUACCAAAGAUUAUGAGGUCCAGAGAGGCUUUUCAACUUACAAGCUGUCUAGUGAUAUACAAUGCUGCCUUGACACUUCUGAAUAUAUACAUAGCUGUAGAGCUAUUGGUUGCAAGCAUGGAUGCUGGGUACAGUUAUUCCUGUCAAGAGCUUUCAAUGUCUUAUGAGCCGAAAGAAAUGAGGAUUGCCUCAGUUCUUUGGUGGUUUUAUUUCUCCAAGAUUGUGGAGCUUUUUGACACUAUGUUUUUCCUCCUUCGUAAGAAGAAUACCCAAGUGUCUUUUCUUCAUGUCUAUCACCAUACAACAAUGGUUUGUCUGUGGUGGAUUGGUAUCAAAUGGGUGGCUGGUGGACAGUGUAUAAAUUUAGCUCAAAGAGAAAAUCAUGAGGCAAUAUUCAGAAAAGGCAGUUGUUAAUGUUGUUCCUGUGCAAACCAUGGUAUUUCUGUUAGAUGUGUUGUGAAAUUAAAUGUUUGCAUUGAAUUGAGCGUGCUAUGUAGCAAACUGCAUGUUCUAUGUGGUUAAUGUGUAGCAAGCUCAAACAGGGCAUGGACAAAACGUGGGAUAGGCCAUGGCCGGCCAGUGGCCUACCCUGUGGCUUACCCUGUGGCUUACCCUAUGGCCCACCCUAUGGCCUACUGGUGGUCAGAUAUUUAAAAACAUAAAAAUAAAACCAGUAAGAGUCGAACAAGUAUGCUGGUGUACAAUUCUAUGCCUCGAAAAUGGUAUACUAAAGAGUCACUAACACUAUUUUCAACGUCUGAGGGAACAAGACAAUGCAAAUAAAUUAUUACAGGUUAAAGGGGAGGGGAGAGGAGGGGCCAAUAUUGCAUGGUCGCUGAGUAUAUCCAAAAUGGCGGCUUCACAAUCCAUACAGGCUGCCAGCUGGUAACAUAUAGCGGAGUGCUAGUGCAAAAAUGUAAUGAACGGCAUUAUAUCGGACAACAUAUCCAAGUAGGAAAUGCAAACAGUAUGUGCUAGGCCAAUUUUUUAAGUACCUCUUUAGUGCUGUGGAAAUCAAUUUGCAACAAGCACCCCAGCACAUGCAGGCAUUGCCAUCAUAAACAUUUCACAAACUUUACUUGCUUUUCCUAAGAGAGGGCCAGUAUUGCACUAGUUUGGAAGGAGAGCUGAU